UCUCAUUGAUACAGCUGCGAGAAGAUAAAGCUGGGAAAACAGAUACUUGUAUUCUGAAGAUUUUUUUUUUCACUGUAUGAAGAAGCUCCUGCACUUCUGAUUUGUUUGUAGCUAUACAUAAGCCAUUUAUUAUUUCCUGUAGUCAUAUCCUCCCCUUCCCUCCAGCAUCUGGUAUAAAGUAACCAAAUAGUAAAUCCAGAGAUUAUGAUUACUCAUUUCUUCACAGUCUUUUGUGUCAUUCCAACCAUGAGACUCAUCUUUCAAGCAUAUUUGAUGAUCUUCAUGCUAGGCAACCUCAUGGCUUCUCAGUCACGAUCUUCUGGUGGGAAAAAUGUCACCAACAUCACAAUAAUCAACUUAAAUAAUGAGAAGAUGCAGAUCACAUGGGCAGCAAGACAGCUUUUUCCCAAUGAGAAUGUGUCAUUUUUUUACACAUUUGAUGAAGGCAAGAACAAAGUUUUGAAGCCAUGUACCACCUAUUUAUUGGAUCAGGAUUAUAAUUCUGGAUGUCUUUUUAAGACAGAAGGACCUACCCUUGCCAUUUCUAUCAGGAACAGCAAUGGAAGUGAAGAGCUUUUUUCUAAAAAUCUAAAAGCUGAUUUUUACAUAAAGCCCAGUCCACCAGAAAAUGUGACUUUCUUCUGGGAAGAGGACACUGUUACUGUAAGCUGCAAUAAACCAAAGAGAAAUGCAUGGUGCUUGACACUUGAGCUUCAGUACAAAAGCAAGUUUGACAAAGAGUGGCAAUCCAGAACUUCUAAAUGCUGCAGUAUUGGAGAGCAAGGCUUUGAUCCAAGGAAGUGCUACUCUUUCCGGGUCAGACUGAGGAGGCGAGUACCCUCCUGCAACGAAGUUGAAUACAGCAGUGACUGGGCAGCUGAAACAUUUUGGAUGAGCGGCACGUUAUUAGAUUCAUGUGAUGAUGAUAUAACUCCUCAGUCAAAAACAGUAAUUGUUUUAAGUUGUUUGCUGGCAGUAUUCUUAAUGAUGGUAAUCCUCCUGAUUCUUCUGUGCAAAUGGCAGAGGGUUCAGGUGUCAAUCCUGCCUGCUAUACCAGACCCAAAAUACCCCUUUGCUGAUCUCUUCAAUUAUCAUAAUGGAAACUUACAGGAAUGGCUAGACAAAAAUGACCACGUGGUGUUGCAAGCCAAGCUAGAAUAUGAAGAACCAGAGUCCAUCACCGAGGCAGAAAGCCAGCAAGAAGAUGGGAAGAACAGUGACAAACAGGGGCCUUUGGAAAAAAUCUUCACUUUUCCAGGAGCAGCUGAAAAUAAUGAUAGCAAAGCACCUGAGAUUGCCUGCCUGAUACCAUCAUCCAACACUACAGCUCCUUUUGCUGGCUUCCAUAUUUUAAUGAAUGAUGACAUGUAUGUGACGUUAUAAAAGCUGCAGAAGGUGUUAGGAAAUUCCAUAAAAAUCCUGAUGAGUUUGGGAGAGUAACUAGUAGAAAAGGUCAUCAUGAUAAGAUUCACAUCAAGAAAGACACUGGGCUGUGUUUUUAGAUGUGUACUUUCCCAACAGCUAUGAUCUCCUGGGCAGACUCAAGUGUUUGAAAUGAGCUCCUGAUAAUUUAUAGAGUCAGGAUUUGUUCUUCUAAUUGGGGUUUAUCCCUAAGGCCCAUUUUCCUUCUAUGGACAGGGGAGCACAGGAACUCCCCCAUAAUAUAUGUCAGCAGAGCUGAGAUUUAUUCCUUCUGCUUAUGAAGUGUGUAGAGCAGGGCAAAUGACACCAAUGUUCUUCCCAAAUGAAGACAGAAAAUAAAGAGGUUUUGCUGUCUCAUGUAAAGAGAUUUUUGUUGCGUAACUUUGCAUUUCAUGGCACUCCUUAAAGGCUUUAUUGAGAGGAAUAAGGCCCAUUUCUAAGAAGAGAAGAGCAAGAAUGUACAGAAUUGAAUCAUAUUUUAGCCUUCUGUGUAGGCAGCUUCUUCCAGAACUGAUGGGCUUCAAGGUUUCCUCAGAAGGUCAUGUCCUCUGUAUCUUACAGUUUUUGAAUAGUCAGCAUCUUACAGCCUUUAUUUUAGAAAACUGAAGUUCAUUUUAAGCAUUAAAGUACUUAUGUUUAACUGAGUUUAAUUUAAUUCAAACUGGGUUAAGUGCAAUCAGCAGCUGUAGACACAAAUUAGGACUUCUUGUUCAUAUUGCAUAUAUUAGUCUCUUGUUUUUCUUUAGCAAAUGGUGAGCUUGGUUUUUUAAACAAGUCUAAAAAUAAGCUUAGAACAAUAUUUUUAGGUUUUCUAAAUAUACCAUCAUUUAAAGUAUGUUUAAUUUAAAAUUUAGAAUGCAAAAUACUAAGCAAUAAGACUUGAGAAAAAAAUCUUGACUAUUCUGAGUUUCGCUAUAUCACUCAUGUUAAAUAUUAUUUGAAAGCAAAUUUUAUAAAAAAAUUUAGGUGUCUAUCAUCUGGGUAAGCAGAUACAGUGUGAUUAUAUGCUGAAUUAGCUAGUUAUUCAUCUGCAUAUCAGUCAGUUAACUGAGCUUUGUCAAUCACAUGCUUUCAUUAUGCAAACACUGUAAUUUAUUGUGCAAAUUGGAAACUGCACAUAUCACAAACUUACAGAGAUAAGUAAAAUAUUUUAAUUCAGUGCUUUAAAAACUUCAGUUCCAGAUCUUUUUAAGAGUAGUAAAUGAUAAUAUGGAUCUUCAAGUGUUAAGAUCUUUGUCUAGGUGUUCCAGUUUGUUAUACAAAAAAAAAUACAGACAUUUUCUGGCCAGUAAGUGGGAAACUUAAUUUGAAGGACAGUUCAGCCACAUUCCCCAAGCUUUUUUUUACAUCAUCACAGAUUUGACUGUUCACUGACAAGAUCAACAUGCUAGCAAAGGAUUUCCCAUAAUCCUGAAAACAAUUUUGCCUUGUGUGAAAGUUUGGGGGAUGCUUUUUGUACACUGCACACUUCUGGAAUUUUUUUUGUGAAAGGUAACCAUGAAAAAUUUCAAUUGCACUGUAAGAAGGCAUGGAAUUUUAAGCUAAUUCUGUAAAAUUUGAUGAGCAGAAACGAUCUCAGCUCAGCUCUUUGUACAUGAUAUAAAUUGUCAUUAUUGCAUUAGAUCCAAAGAAGUUAUAAUGAAUUACAACAGACAGGAACCUGCUCCAGUAAAAAUUCUAUUAAUAAAGAGGGAAGUAAAGCACAGAAAAAAAUGUUUAGUUGCUUCCUCUUCAACCCACAUCAUACGGUUACCUGCAAGGCUAGCUACUUCAAUUAAACCACUUUCUGUUGGGUAAAUACUUGACUAUCUGGAUUCAAAAUGUUUUAGUACAUUUUUGUGAAAUUUUACUCUGAAAAAAAACAGAGGAGAAUAUCACGCUGAAUUGUUGCGUUUAAGCAGCUGUCCUGAAAUGUUCUAAUCAUGUAAGUUUUUAGUAUAAACUAUAUCUCAUACUGUGUUUUAUAGACAGAAAGGUUUUUCUGUGCAUGUAUGCAACUACACUUACAUUGUAUAUAACACAUUAGAAAUAAAACAAAUAAAACACCCACACACCUGAAAUAUUUAUUUUUAAAAUAUUGCCCAAGAAAAAAAUAAAACAUAGGGAAUAAUUUGCAUUCAAAACAAAUCUCUACUCUCCCCUCCCUUCAAAAAAAAAAAAGCCUUCCACUCCUUAGAAACUCUUCCAGAAUGUCUACAGAGUGAUG